AUCAAGUUACUCCCUUCCUUACGUAAAUUCUCCUUAAAGCAACCAUUCUCUCUCUCUCUGCCAUAGCCAAACCUCCAUAACUCUUUUUCCCUCUGUGAAGAUACCCAUUUCAUCUUCAUCAAACAAAACCAUUCUCUUGUUUCCUCUGUCUCUCAAACAGCCCAGAAGAAUGUCUAUAACGCAGAAAGUUCUCUUCUUUCUCCUCACAAUCACUCUCCAUACAAACCCAUCUUUCUCUGCAACAGAAACCUUCGUCUUUGGUGGCUGUUCAAAGCUGAAAUACGCGCCCGGUUCACCAUACGAGAACAACGUCAACUCAAUACUCACUUCCCUCGUCAACUCAGCCAUGUUAACAUCCUUUAACAACUUUACCAUUCAGGGUUCCACCCAGCAAGACACCAUUUACGGCCUCUUCCAGUGUCGUGGCGACCUCAACAACGGCGACUGCGCCCGCUGCGUGGCUCGGGCGGUGAGUCAGGUCGGCACUCUCUGUGUCGACUCAUGCGGCGGCGCGUUGCAGCUCGAAGGAUGUUUCAUUAAGUACGACAACGCGACUUUCCUGGGCGUGGAGGACAAGACGGUGGUUGUCAGCAAAUGCGGACCGUUGAUUGGAUACGACUCCGACGCGUUGACUAGACGCGAUGCCGUGCUGGGGUUCCUGGGUGCGAGCAGCAGCGACGGGAGUUACAGGCCGUACAGGGUGGGAGGGUCGGGGAACAUACAGGCUGUGGCGCAGUGCGUAGGAGACUUGAGUCCGAGCGAGUGCCAGGAUUGCUUGUCGGACGCCAUCGGACGGCUUAAAACCAACUGUGGGGCCGCCGCGUGGGGCGACUUGUUCUUGGCCAAGUGCUACGCGCGUUACUCGGAAGGUGGGAGUCACUCCCACGGCGAUAAGGACAACAAUAGCAAUGAUAAUGAAAUUGAGAAGACACUAGCAAUCCUAAUUGGACUCAUUGCAGCAGUUGCCUUACUCAUUGUAUUCCUCUCUUUCUUGAGAAAAGUGUGUGAAAAAGGAAAAGAUGGUAAAUGAUAAAAUAAUUUUGGGCAUAAAUUCAAGAAGCUUUUCUCCUCUGGUAAAUGUUCUUUUUUCUGGGUUCUCCUCUGUUUUCUGGACUCUGCUUUUCCCUCACCAUCUCUCUCUGUUCUUUCUUUUUUUUUCAAUUUUUUCUUGAAGUUCCUUUCCAUAUUUUAUUAUAAAGAAGAAGCCCUCAAAAGGUAAAUACAAAGAUGUUGAUGCCAAACAGGGAACCUUGAAACAAGUGAAAAAGAAAGUUGCAAUAAGAUUGAAAAAGGCUUAAAGAUUCUUCUCUACCUUAUCUACACCUCCCACUUGAGCUAUAUUGUUUUACCUUCUCUGUAUAAUAUUACUAAAAGCACUUGUGAGAAAAAAAAAAAAGUUCUUUUUAUUUUUUGGGUGCUGCAACUGUAGUUAAUUUAGUGCUUUUGUUGGGUUAUAGUUGUAAGAGUUUUAUAGCUUUUUUUAAUUUAGAGUUGGCAAAAACACCCAAAAGUAGUAAUUGUUCAUCUUAGUAUCAUUCAAUCUCUUCUGUGUUAAUCUUU